UCAUAAUUAGAAUACCACACUUCAACCGGUCUAUCCGGUUUUAAAAAUACUGUUCACCCCACUCGACCAAAACAACAGUCAACAGCGGAAAAGAGCAAAAACAGAGAACCCACUUCCCCUGUUUUUCUCUAGUCUCGUUUCUUUUCCCAAUUUUCUGUCUCAGUUUUCUCCCUUUUUCUCUCCCCAAGCUUCCUCCUUUCUUUCUCUCCGUACUUCACUUUUCUUCCUCUUUCCUGCAGAAAAUGGAUCCCAACCCCAACGAUUUUCCCAUUCUCUGCUACCUAUUAAACCAGGUAGAUCCCCACAGCUAUUCACCUCUACCCAGGGAACUGCAGCAAUCUCUGCUGACCCAGUUGCCUCAUUUGAACCACCCCAAAGUCUUACCCUCACUGAUCCAACUCUUCAAUGAACUUAACAUCACUUACACACUGUCCCUUCUUCGAACCCUCGGUCCUCGACCAGACCCUUCUGCAGUUGCUGGUUCUCGGGCCAAGAUCGCUGAAACCCAGUCCAGGCUCCUUAAGAAUCUCGAAGGAGCCGAACCCCAUGUGGCGGAGGAGCUGAAAAAGACGGCGGAGAACGAGGUGCAGGUGUAUCAGGCCCUGGUGAGGAUGGAGGAGAUGCACGAGGAGUGUGUCAAGCAGCUGAGGGCUGCAGAGGAGAGGUUGGUCGAGGUUUAUGGGUCGUGUGUGGCGCAAUUGGUGGAAGGGGUUGAUGAGAUGGUGGAUGAACAAGUUGUUGCAAUAUUGAGGAAAGCACAUAGUGAGGAAGUGGAAAGGGUUGAUCUUUCUGGGCGUCAGUUAAGGAUUCUUCCCGAGGCGUUUGGAAAGAUUCGUGGGCUACUUGUGCUUAAUUUAUCUCGCAAUCAGUUAGAGGUGAUUCCUGAUUCAAUAGCAAGACUACAAAAUCUUGUGGAGCUUGACAUUUCGUCUAAUCUUUUGGAGUCCCUACCAGACUCCAUAGGAUUGCUGGUUAAUCUAAAGACACUUAAUCUGUCAGGGAACAAGCUAACUGCUCUUCCUGAAUCCAUUGCUCUUUGCAGGUCACUAGUUGAACUAGAUGCGAGCUUUAACAACUUAAUGUGUCUGCCAACAAACAUGGGAUAUGGACUUGUUAACCUUGAGAAGCUCUUGAUCCAGUUGAAUAAGAUACGAUUGCUUCCCUCAUCCAUUGGAGAAAUGAAAUCCCUCAGAUAUCUUGAUGUUCAUUUCAAUGAGCUUCAUGGCCUACCUCAAUCCAUUGGGAAACUAACAAAUCUCGAAUAUCUGAACCUUAGCAGUAAUUUCAGUGAUAUGAAAGGGCUUCCUGAAACAGUUGGUGAUCUGAUUAACUUAAGGGAGCUUGACAUCAGCAACAACCAGAUCCGAGCUCUUCCUUACACGAUAAGUAGGCUUGAAAAGUUAACAAAGCUCAACCUGGAGCAGAAUCCAAUCAUAGUUCCACCGUUAGAGGUUGUAAAUCAAGGAGUUGAGGCUGUGAAGGAGUUCAUGGCCAAGCGGUGGCUUGAGCUCAUUGAAGAAGAACAACAGAAAAACAUGGUUCAAGCAAAAAAUCAGCAACCACAGACAGGAGGAUGGCUGGCGUGGGGAACCUCAUUGUUAAGCAAUGUUGCCGGUGUUUCUGAAAGUGUGGCAGAAUAUUUUGGCUCUAGAAAAGCUCCUAGAGACCCUUGGUUGGAACAACAGCUGUGAUAUAAAGCAAAAAGAACACCUCUCCACAACAGAUCUUACCAAGAAUAUAAGACUCACCAAUUACUUCCUUCAGGUGGAGGGUGGAGGAAAGGUGAAGAUGUGGAGUGAAAGUUUCUGUCAUCCCUGGGAUCCUAUUGAUGAUGU